CAUCUUCUUACCGCACCGAGAGGACGUUGAAGGAAGACCUUGCGCUUUUGCUUCCUUUCUUUUUUCUCUAUACAUUUUUCUAGUUAUUCUUAUGAAGGAAAAAUCCUCGGAUAUAUUUGUCGUACGAGACGUUCAUGAGAAAAAACUUCUUAAAAAGCAGAUCAAAAGAGCAAAAUAUUUCUUUAUUUAAUAUAGCUAUAUAUUUAUCAGCUCUCACAGGAGGAGUUGAUUUCCAGUUCAAGUCCACUUAGGCUACAUUUAGUGCCCUGUUUGUAAACGUUGAAAAAAAAAAAAAAAGCCAUCAAAUGAAUGAUGGAGGAAAUGACAGAAGGCGUUUUAGCUGUUAAUGAUCAGCAGCUCAUCUUCACACCAUUAGGGUUAGAGAGAAGAUGCUUGAUGCUGUGUUAGACCCGGUGGGCUUGUCUAGCUUCUCCACUCGGGGUCGUCACCCACACGUUUCAUGCACAGACACAGAGACACAGAGAGGACAUAACGAUAGGAAGUCAUCUGUGGACUCAUAAAGCUCCGGAUCUGGAGGAAGAUGAGUGGCGCUGGACUCGCCACUAGGACGCAUCUUUACAAUGAUGGGACCGCGCACUCAGCCACAGCCAGAGGCGAGUAUGAUUCCACCACAGCGCCCAUCCAAUCCUGGUGACAGGCCACCUGCUGAAACGGUUAAGAAGAACAGUGUGAGUAACACUGGACUGAUUCUGGACAGCUCAGCACUGAAGAUGGCUGAUGUGGACUCGGAGGUUCCUCCUCUCCCACCACGGUACCGCUUCAGAGACCUGCUUUUGGGGGAUCAGUCCUUUCAGAAUGACGACAGGGUCCAGGUGGAGUUCUAUGUGAAUGAAAACACAUUUAAAGAACGAUUGAAGCUCUUCUUUAUCAAAAACCAAAGGUCAAGCCUCAGAAUACGCCUUUUCAACCUCUCCCUGAAGUUGUUAACAUGUCUCCUCUACAUUCUCAGAGUAUCACUUGAUGUCCCAUGCGAACGGAAGCCCUACUUCAAUGUCAAUGAUACUCUGUGCAGUAAAAUCUCUACCAAUCAGACAACAGAUCCCAUCCAGAUCAACUGGGAUUUGAUAUUCUGGGUGAACAGAAAGACUCCUGUAUGGGCGAUACAGGUGACAGUGGCCUUAAUUAGCUUCCUAGAAGCAAUGCUUUUGACAUAUCUCAGUUACAAGGGAAACAUUUUUGAGCAGCUUUUCCAAGUUUCCUUCAUCCUUGAGAUGAUCAAUACAGUGCCAUUCAUAAUUACAAUCUUUUGGCCACCAUGGAGGAACAUAUUUGUCCCAGUGUUCCUUAAUUGCUGGCUUGCCAAGUCGGCACUGGAGAACAUGAUUAAUGAUCUUCACCGUGCCAUCCAGCGCACACACUCUGCUAUGUUUAACCAGGUGCUCAUCCUCAUCUGCACGCUGCUUUGCCUGGUCUUCACCGGGGCCUGUGGGAUUCAACACUUGGAGCGAGCAGGGAAGAAUCUUUCCCUGUUUGAUUCGGUCUAUUUCUGCAUCGUCACCUUCUCCACUGUGGGCUACGGUGAUGUCACACCAAAAAUCUGGCCCUCUCAGCUACUAGUGGUCAUCAUGAUAUGUGUGGCGCUUGUAGUUCUCCCAUUGCAGUUUGAGGAGCUAGCGUAUCUGUGGAUGGAGAGGCAGAAGUCAGGCGGUAACUACAGCAGACAUCGAGCUCAGACUGAAAAACAUGUGGUCCUUUGUGUCAGUUCACUCAAGAUUGACCUCCUCAUGGACUUCCUCAAUGAGUUUUAUGCGCAUCCCAGACUGCAGGAUUAUUAUGUGGUCAUCCUCUGCCCCACAGAGAUGGACAUCCAAGUACGUCGAGUGCUGCAGAUUCCUCUGUGGUCUCAGAGAGUCAUCUACCUGCAGGGCUCUGCACUAAAAGACCAGGACCUCAUGAGAGCCAAGAUGGAUGAUGCAGAAGCCUGCUUUAUUCUCAGCAGCAGAAAUGAAGUGGACCGUACUGCAGCUGACCAUCAGACUAUCCUACGAGCCUGGGCAGUGAAGGACUUUGCCCCAAACUGUCCUCUAUAUGUACAGAUCCUUAAACCUGAGAAUAAAUUCCAUGUGAAGUUUGCUGAUCAUGUGGUGUGUGAAGAAGAGUUCAAGUAUGCCAUGCUGGCUCUGAACUGCGUGUGUCCAGCCACGUCCACACUGGUUACACUCCUUGUCCACACUUCACGUGGACAGGAGGGACAAAUGUCUCCAGAACAGUGGCAGAGAACAUACGGACGCUGCUCAGGCAAUGAAGUUUACCACAUCCGCCUUAUGGACAGCAAAUUUUUCGGAGAGUAUGAUGGGAAAAGUUUUACUUAUGCCUCAUUCCACGCGCAUAAAAAAUAUGGAGUUUGCCUAAUUGGUGUAAAGAGAGAAGAGAAUAAAAGCAUCCUGCUCAACCCUGGUCCUCGCCACAUCAUGGCUGCCACAGACACCUGCUACUACAUCAACAUCACCAAGGAGGAGAACUCCGCCUUCAUCUUUAAACAGGAAGAGAAGCACAGCAAGGGCCUGCCAGUCCCUGGUCUGUACGACGCCCCCUCUCGCCUCCCCGUGCAGAGCAUCAUAGCCAGCAUGGUCGAUCAGUCUACUUCAUAUGGAACUGUGGCCAUAGACCUACAGAACCCUGAGCCCGCAGGUGACAGCAGCAAGCUAGCACUUCCCACAGAGAACGGAGCAGGCAGCCGGCGUCCGAGCAUCGCCCCUGUGCUUGAACUGGCUGACUCCACUGCCAUCCUGCCCUGUGACCUCCUGAGUGAUCCUUCUGAGGACGAGACCAACCAAUCAGAUGAGGAAGGAGUACCUGCCCCAGAAUAUGUAAAAGGAUAUCCUCCGAACUCGCCAUACAUCGGGAGUUCACCAACACUGUGCCACCUUCUACAAGAGAAAGCUCCAUUUUGCUGUCUGCGAUUAGAUAAGGGUUGCCGCCAUAACAGUUUUGAAGAUGCCAAGGCAUAUGGUUUCAAGAACAAGCUGAUCAUAGUCUCUGCUGAAACGGCUGGAAACGGCUUGUACAAUUUCAUCGUUCCACUGCGAGCUUAUUACCGACCCAGGAAGGAGCUCAACCCCAUCGUGCUACUGCUAGACAAUCCGCCAGAUAAUCAUUUUUUGGAGGCCAUCUGCUGUUUCCCCAUGGUGUACUUUAUGGCCGGCACCAUAGACAAUUUAGAUAAUCUGCUGCAGUGUGGGAUUAUUUACGCUGAUAACCUAGUAGUGGUGGAUAAAGAAAGCACUAUGAGUGCAGAGGAGGACUACAUGGCUGAUGCUAAAACUAUUGUCAAUGUUCAAACCAUGUUUAGGUUGUUUCCAAGUCUCAGUAUUAUCACUGAACUAACUCAUCCCUCUAAUAUGAGGUUUAUGCAGUUUCGAGCCAAAGACUGCUACUCCCUGGCCCUCUCCAAAUUAGAGAAGAUAGAGAGAGAUAAGGGAUCUAAUCUGGCGUUCAUGUUCCGCCUUCCGUUCGCUGCAGGCAGGGUGUUCAGCAUUAGCAUGUUGGAUACACUCCUCUACCAGUCUUUUGUUAAGGACUACAUGAUUCCUAUUGCUAGACUCCUGCUGGGGCUAGACACUACCCCAGGCUCUGGCUACCUCUGUAUGAUGAAGGUGACUGAGGAAGACCUAUGGAUCCGCACAUAUGGAAGGUUGUUUCAGAAGCUCUGUUCCUCCAGCGCUGAAAUCCCAAUCGGCUUGUACCGCACAGAAUCCCACAUGUUCUCAUCGUCAGAGUCUCAGGUGUCUGUAAAUGUGGAUGAGUGUGAUGACCCACGGGACCGACGCGAGUCAUGGAAAGAGAAAACAGCCCACAGGAACUCGACAGGCAGCGACCAAUCAGAACAUCCACUGCUGAGGAAGAAGAGCAUGCAGUGGGCACGGAGGCUAAGCAGGAAGAGCACCAAGCCUCCAAGCCGUGCUGAACGAAUCAACCAACAACGCCUCAACCUCUACAGACGCUCUGAGAGACAGGAGCUCUCUGAACUGGUGAAGAACCGCAUGAAGCAUCUGGGUCUGCCCACUAUUGGCUACGAGGACGUAGCUAAUUUAACUGCGAGUGAUGUGAUGAACCGAGUAAAUCUCGGAUAUUUGCAAGAAGGUACCUACAUGACAGAGGGUAUACAAGUGGCUCAAACAGAUGAAAUGAAUGAUCAUCAGAACACAUUAUCCUAUGUGCUGAUCAACCCGCCACCAGACACUGUACUGGAGCUCAAUGAUAUUGUGUACAUCAUCCGGUCAGACCCUUUAGCCCAUGUACCCGAUGAGUUGCCCGUGUGCCAACCAGGUACCAGGCUGAAGCAGGAAUAUGGCACAGAGACACGAGGAGAGACUCAUCUCUGAGUCCCAGAGCUCAGCUUUGGAGCAUGCAUGAAGAGUGCCUCCUGUCCUUGAUUCACACAUCCACAACCCAUGAA